UUGAUAUAGUGGAGAUUUCUGUAAGGACACUCCAGUGUCAGAGUCUCAAGGUAAGAGAAAAUGAUUGAGAGAAACAGAGUCUGGUGAAAGAGUAACUAUAUAGCUGCUAUCAGGUGAUAACAGAACCUAAGAAUAGUAAAGGUUUUUAAAUAAUUGUAAUCAUAGGCAGAUUGUUAUGAUAAGAGGAAUACAACAGCUUGUGUUGAUCAUGCAUUAGAUCACCCCAUCAGUGAUUAUUUUCUUAUACAGCACGCCAUACCGUCUUCUAUACUUACGCAAUGCAUAUACUCCAGCACUCAGUUUACAUGAACUGAAAUAACAUUAAGGGUGUUAUCAUCUGCUCAGUCCUAUUCAGGAGGGAUGAUGAGUUAAGAGGAUUUGAAAGAAUUGUCCAUUUGGCUUGUUCAUUUCUUUCAGUGGGGUGUAAACUCCUGACAGGUGCAGCUGUUUCAAAUACUGUUUGUGGUCCUCACAUAAUGACUCACACUUCCAAGGGGACUGGUGCAGAAUUCCCCACCUGUUGGGAGUGGGUGAGGGGUUUGGGUUCAGCUCUGAAGACCGCUCACUGUAUUAAACCCCAGCCAGUGUUCAACCAAACCGGUGCAUACUGACUAAGCGCCCUCUGCUGGUUAUACAGAAGUUUUACAGCUUAUCUGAUUUUCAGUCAUGUCCCACUUUGACCAAUUGGAUGACAAGGAUUCCCUGGACCUCCAUGACAAUCCUACUGUUCCUGGCAACAUAGUGAAGGAGGAUAACACCACAGUCUAUUUUAUCUAUGAUGAAGAGGUAGAGGAAGAGGAGAAAGAGAAGCCUCGCCCUCCUGAACCAGUUAAACCCAUCAAUGAUAAACCACACAAGUUUAAAGAUCACUAUUGCAAGAAGCUCAAAUUCUGCGACGUGUGCGCACGCAUGAUUGUUCUUAACAAUAAAUUUGCACUGAGGUGUAAAAACUGCAAGACCAAUGUUCAUCAUCAGUGUCGGAGCUACGUCGAGUUCCAGCAGUGCUUUGGGAAAAUUCCUCCAGGUUUUAGUCGGGCCUACAGCUCUCCUCUCUACAGCAGUCAGCGGAAUUCCACGGUUAAAGAGCUGCUUCCAUUCUCGCAGUCUAACCGCACUGACCCCGUCUUUGAGACGCUGCAUAUUGGCGUUAUAAUGGCCAAUAAGGAACGGAAGAAAAGAUCAGAAGAUAGGAAGAAAAAUAUGAUGAUCAUGGAAGAAGAGGAAUCCCAACCUAAAGCCGAGGAAGGGGAAGGAGAGCGCUGGAGCCAAGAGAUGGAAAAGAAGGAGAAAACCACGGAUGAUAAGAUAAAGAAGUCUCAGCUGGGUAAACUUGGAGUCUUCUCUCAGUCACACUACUACUUGGCCCUGUAUCGCUUUAAAGCCAUUGAGAAAGAUGACUUGGACCUGCAACCUGGAGAUCAUGUCACAGUGAUAGAUGAUUCCAAUGAGGAAUGGUGGAGAGGUAGAAAUGGAGAGAAAUCCGGAUUCUUCCCGGCAAACUACAUCACCUGUGUGCGUGCAGGGGAGAGUGUCUACAAGGUGACACGGUCCUUUGUGGGGAAUCGCGAGAUGGGCCAAAUCACACUGAAAAAAGACCAGAUUGUGGUGAAGAAAGGAGAGGAGGUGAAUGGCUAUAUGAAGGUCAGCACUGGGCGCAAGCUUGGCUUCUUCCCUGCAGACAUUCUUCAGGAGAUCUGAGAGUGUGUGUAUGUGUGUGUGUGUGUGAGAAAGAGAGACAGUGUACCUGUAUCUGCUUCUCUCAAUGGUUAGCAUAAUUAUCUUCAGUGACAGGCUGCAUGUGUGCUUACUUUGGGAUUUGGCUAACAUGGGUUUAAAAGCAAUAAAGAUUUGAUUACGCUUCAUUUGAUCAGUUUUUAUACAAUUAGUCAUGUCUUGUUAUUCGGUCAGCAAAGUUAUAAACAGAUAAACACAGUAAAGAGUGUUUGUAUGUGUAGAGGGGACCGGUAAAUGCAGUGGUCAGUGUAAAAGAACACAAAGUGCUGUGGGGGUUUUUGUCAAAAUUGGCUUAUUACAGUACUUGAAGACACAAUGUAGCAGUUCUGCCUCAUAACUCCAUGGUCCCGGAUGUGAUCCUGAUCUUGGUUUACUUUCUGUGCACAUGUUCUUCCUUCCACUGUCCAAAACCUGAGUUUUAUUUCACUGAGUUUUUUUUAAUGUCUUUGGAUGUAAAAUUUGGGGAUUAAGAGAUUAUAAUCCCUCUCUGGUAGAAAAAUGCUAUUGCAUUUACAUUUCUCAUUUGGCUGAUGCUUUUAUCCAAAGCGACUUACAGUUGAAGGUUGUGGCAACUUGGUGAUGUUGGGAUUGGAACUCAAGACCUUCCACUCAUAAACCCAGUGCCAUUCAGCCACUAGAGUGUUAGUGAGAUCCGGCACUCAUGUUGGGUGAGAAGACCUGUUCCAGUUCAUCCCAGUGGUGCUCAGUGGGGUUGAGGUCAGGACUCUGUACAGACCACUUGAGUUAUUCUACUCCAACCUCAGCAAACGAUGUCUUCAAGCACUUCGCUUUGUGCGCAGGGGCAUUGUCAUGCUGGAAACAAGUUUGGGCCCCUUUAGUUCCACUGAAAGGAAAUUGUUAUGCUACAGCAUACAAAGACAUUCUAUAUAGUUCUGUGCUUCCAUCUUUGUGACAACAAUGUGUCCACAAACCCUUGGCCAUAUAGUGUAUAUAUAAUGUAUAAUCAGUUAUGUAAUAACUUUCUUAACUUUUUCAGAUCUAAAGUUGACAGUGUCUGCAAAUACAUCUCUAGCUCUCUGGUACCACCUGAUUUUAUCAGCCUCUUCACCAAUUUUCUUUACUAGAUCCCGAGUCACUUUGUAGGCAGGGAUCAUGUAUGAAAGCCACCACUUGUGUUUUGACUCCUUGUGUCCGGCUGUCCUCGGCAUAAUAAAUGACUCCUUGUCAACUGGUGCUGUGCCAGCAGCAUUAAAAAAAACUUAACGUAACUCCAGUCCUAAAAAAGCAAAACACUGAUCUUAAUUUCAAUCAUUUUCAUCCUGUUUCUAAUCUUACAUUUCCGUCUAAAAUUUUAGAGCAUGUCGUUGUUUUGCAACUGCACAAUCAUCUUUUGGUUAAUGAUAUUUUUGAGCCCCUCCAUUCUAGUUUCCAAAAACUUCAUAGUACUGAGACUGCUUUGGUAAAAUUCACUAACAUUUUAUUAGCUUCUGAUUCUGGUCUGCUUUCAGUUCUUAUUCUUCUUGACCUAAGCUCAGUCUUCGACACUGUUGAACACACAUUAUUACUCAAUCGAUCUGAAACCGUCUUUGGUGUCUCUGAGACUGCCCUUGAUUGGUUUAGAUUGUACUUUAUUGAUCGCAGUCGGUUUGUAUUUAUAGGUGGUCACAGGUCUGAGAUUGGGCCUGUUCGCACGGGUGUCCCCCAGGGCUCAGUUCUUGGCCCUUUACUUUUUAGUAUUUAUAUUUUUCCACUUGAUCAGGUUUUAAUAUCACGGUCUUAACUAUCACUAUUAUGCAGAUGACACUCAGAUUUACAUUCAUUCGGAACCAGAUCGACAUGUAGCUGUUUCCUUUCUUUCAAACUGUAUGUCUGAGAUCAAAAUAUGGUCAACAAACAAUUUUCUUUGCUGAAACAGUUCCAAGACUGAAGUCAUGCUUCCUGGUUCUCCUCAGUAACUGCGUAAUGCUGGUUCUCUAACUUUGUCCGUUGAUGGCUAGGUUCUGGAGUUUCAAAGUAAAUUGAUGAGCAGUGGUAGCUUUGUGGUUAAGAUUGGGAGGUCAUGAGUUCAAACCCCAUCACCGCCAAGCUGCCUCUGUGGGGCCCUUGAGCAAGGCUCUUAACCCUCAACUGCUCAGAUGUAUAAAUUAGAUAAGCGUACGUCGCUCUGGAUAAGGACGUCUGCCAAAAUGCUAUAAAUAUAAAUGAAGAACCUUGCAGUUAUUUUUGAUGCCAGUCUGACAUUUGACCCUCAUCAAUACUGUCAAAACGUCCUUUUUCUAGCUCAGAAAUACUGCAUACUUACAGUCUAUGUUGUUCUUUUCUGUUGCGGUUUGUUUUUUUCCCUCCACAUCGACUACUGUAAUGCACUUCUCACUGGAGUUUCUAAAUCCACACUCGAUAAUCUGCAAACUACGGCAGCUAGGAUCCUUACCGGUACUAGGUCAUGUGAUCUCAUAACCCCUACUUUAGAGUCCUUGAACUGGCUGCUUGUCAGGUACAGAGGAUUUUUGAUGUUAAAAUCCUUAUGCUGACAUAUAAAGCAUUGCAUGGUCUGGAUCCUCGGUAUUUGGCAGAGCUCUUAACUUUGUACUUACCAAAUUGUACUUUGCGCUCCUCUCUGGUCUUUUAACCGCUCCUCAUAAACGUCCGUCUCCGUGGGAGACGGGCUUUCUCAUCCUACAAUAUGCCCCUAAACUGUAGAACACACUCCUGGUUGAUAUUAAGGAAGCACAGUCGCUAGGAACUUUUUCAUCUCAUCUUAAAACAUUUUACGUUAGGAUAACCUUUGCUAUUAUAUUUAUAUUUUUGCUGUUGUUAUUGUUAUUAUUACAUGCUGUCAUCAUAUCCACAGUAUUAUAGACAUGCAGUAAAAAUGUCUGUCUGCCUUUUACCUAACAUUAGCUGUGUGAGCUUUGCCUUAGAUCCUGCGUGUGUGUGUAUCAUUUUGUACCUGAUCACUGAUGUCAUGAUUUAGCUGUGCUCGUUGGCCAAAAUCAGAACACAUCACAGAAUAUAACGGCUUUGAGCUGCAUGUCCAAAUCUUCCAUUCUUUUUGAAGAGGAAAGACAGAGUAGAGAACAAACUUUCACAACUGGUGACUUCCAGAGUGUUUAUUACCCUGUUAGUGUUUCCGAUCCGCGUAUUUUGUCCUUCAAAAGAUUUGUAUGUUCUCCCUGCCUUAUACUAGCUUUAGUAUUCUUAUACUAGCUGCCGGUGUCUGGCUUGCUUGUUAACAUCGGCUCCCUGUAAGGAUGAUGUGGGAUGAAGUAAAUGUUUAAGGAUUCCGUUCUGACUAAUACAUUUAUUAUCUAAAAGCAACUGCUCUUUGUUGAUUUGAUUUAAAUUGUAAUAUUAUUAUAUGCAAUAAAUAAUGAUACACGAAUGAUAAUAUUUUAUAUGUGAACAAUUUUAACGAAA